AUGUCUAGAUUACUUUUGAAUUGUUUACUGUUCUUAGUAACAGAAAUCGAUCAAUCACGCAGUGCAAGAAUUUUAGCAGUAUUUCCAACGGCCUCAUUGAGUCACCAAGUUGUCUUCAGACCCUUGACUCAGGAACUAGCAAGAAGAGGCCACGAAGUCACUGUAAUCACACCGAACCCCGUGUUUAAUGUGAAGAAUAGACCAGCUAACUUAACGGAAAUAGAUGUACAUGACAUCACGUAUGAAGUUGCGAAAAAUAAUGAAAUUCACUUCAUUGCCAGCUUCGGGUAUAGAGAAGGUAUCUUUAGUAUAAUGAAUGCAUUAUCAAGAGUUUUUGCUGCGUUCACUGAAGCGAUGAUAAAAUCAGAGAACGUUCAAAUGCUGAUUAAGACUAGAAGCAAAGAUUACUUCGAUUUAAUUCUUAUAGAGUCGUGUGGAAAACCUUACAUAAUGUUUUCUCAUUUAUUCAAAGCGCCUGUCAUUCUGAUAAGCUCAUUUGGCAUGAUGCUGGGGAACGACGAAGUCAUUGGCGCCCCAUCGCAUCCGUUUUUGUAUCCAUCGCCAAUGAGAACUAGAGUAUAUAAUCUGACAGUGUGGGAAAAAUUCUACGAACUUUAUACGCAUUAUAGACUACCAUAUAAUUGGCAUUCUACUGAGCACGAAGAACGUGAAAAAUUAAAAAAAUAUUUCGGCGCAGACCUACCAACUUACAGAGAAUUGUAUGAUAAUGUCGACAUGAUGUUUUUGAAUAUGCACCCAAUGUUGAGCAACAAUCAACCUUUGCCAGCAAAUAUUGUUUCGAUUUGGGGUGUUUAUACGGAACCAGAAAAAGAUCUACCUCAGGAUCUCCAAACAUAUUUAGACUCGUCGAAAAACGGAGUGAUAUAUUUAAGUUUCGGAUCAAAUGUUCUAUCUUCCACGCUGCCAUCAGAAAAAAUAAAAGUGUUAGUAAAUACAUUCUCGAAAUUGCGUUAUGAUGUUCUGUGGAAAUGGGAAACCGAUGAGCUACCAGGAAAAUCACAAAAUAUAAGAACAUCCAAAUGGUUACCGCAAGCUGAUUUGUUAAGGCAUCCAAAUGUAAAGUUAUUUAUCACACAAGGAGGUCUCCAGUCCACUGAUCAAGCGAUUCAAGCUGGAGUACCCCUCAUCGGCAUUCCAAUGUUUGGAGACCAGUGGUAUAACGCAGAAAUGUAUGAACAUCACAGAAUUGGUAUGAAAAUUGAAUUUGGAACACUCUCAGAAGAUACUCUAAGAGAAUCUAUAGAAACGGUUAUAAACGAUAACAGCUUCAAGAAAAACAUUAUGUGGCUUCGUUCAGUCAUGAACGAUCAAUCUGAAAGCGCAUUGGAGCGAGCUAUUUGGUGGACUGAAAUUAAUGCGACUGUCGUUCAAACAAAUCCACGAGUGGCGCCGCUGAGCGUAGCUAGUUUAUAUAAAAAUCAAAGUGAUAAACAAUUGAAGCCCUUUGAAAUUGACAUUUUAUUACUACAAAGAGAUGUAUCGACCUUUCUCCUGUUACCAAGCAGUUCAAACUUUUAUGAAGAAAAGAAGACCACAGUUGAUGAAUUCGAACCAGUAACGACGUCUAUAAAGGAAACACUAUCAAAGAAUAUAAAUUGUGAUGAUUUCCAAGAAUAUGCAGUUAACUGCACUGUGGAAGCAGCCCUCAUUUAUAAUUCUAGCAGAAUGACUCCGCCGAUACCAUCGAAAAUUAAUUAUUGGUGUAGAACAAUAAAGCACCUUAUUAACUGCGCGAUUGAGUGGAAAGUCGAGUGCAAAGAUGUUUCCGAGAGUCAUUUUAAUGAGGACAGCAUCAGGGGACACAUUCACGUGGCGAACAAUAUUUGUGAUGAUGAACUCUUUCAGAUACGAUACGUUGAGCUAUCAGCCUGUAUAGCAAGUUCGCAGGACCCGUGGGAGGAGUGUUAUAAGGAUUUUAAACGAUCCGUUGAGGAGCAGAAGAAUACGACGCAAGAAUGGACACACUACGAAGUGCAUUUUAGUUUGUGUUGUGCAAGGGCUCGCUUUCGAAGAUGUACCUUAGAGUCGCUGUUUGAAAAACCAACAAGUUGCACCCAUAACGAAGCGGUUACACUUCAAAAGUUUUCCGUUAUCGUAUCGGAAGGAGCAGUUUAUCAGGACUGCGACCAUAACAUGAUGUAUACUAAUUGUCCCGGGGGAGAUCCCAGGCCAACUCACAAGCUAUUGAGACACCUCGUUAACAGUGAUGGAACGUGUUUGGAAAAGAUUGACCUGUUGCUAGCCUUUGCUGUAUUUGCUUUUAUUAUAUGUAGUUAA